GUAAAUCUAUCUGUAGAAUUGUGAUUGCGAGAUGAUUAUUUUCAGUAUUUGUUUUUUUCAAGUUUUAGAGUGAGAAAGUGAACACAGUAGAGAGAGAGAGAGAAAAAAAUAAAAAAUAAUAAUACGCCCAUGAACAGCUGCAAAUUGCAAUCACCACCAUUAUCUCACCCCCUACAAAAGUCAAUUUCCCCCUUGUCACUAUUCAAAAGCCGCUCUUAACUCCUCCUCCUCCGCCUCUCCUCCGCCUCCUCCGCCGCCUCUCGAUUUCCUCCGAUUCUCGAACUAACCGCAUCUCGUCCGGCCAAUUCUCGGAUAAGACUCAGCAGCCAUGGACGGAGGAGGAGGAGGGGACGGCGGCGGCGCCGCCGCCACCGCCACCGUCGGAGUACGGAUCCACCAGAGCCGGCGGCUGCCGGACUUCCUCCAGAGCGUGAACUUGAAGUACGUGAAACUCGGCUACCAUUACUUGAUCUCUAAUUUGUUGACACUGUGCUUAGUCCCAAUUAUGGUGGUGAUUAUCGUGGAGGCUUCUCAGAUGAACCCCGACGACCUCCGCAACCUGUGGCUCCACCUCCAAUACAAUCUCGUCUCCGUUAUAAUCUGCUCCGCGUUUCUCGUGUUCGGAUCCACCGUCUACAUCAUGACCCGGCCCAAACCCGUUUACCUCGUCGACUACUCCUGCUACCGCGCUCCGGACAGCCUGAAGGCGCCGUACGACCGGUUCAUGAACCACUCGCGAUUGACCGGCGAUUUCGACGAAUCGUCGCUCGAAUUCCAGAGGAAGAUUCUCGAGCGCUCCGGCCUCGGCGACGAGACCUAUGUGCCGGAGGCCAUGCACUUCAUCCCGCCGCGGCCGUCGAUGCAGGCGGCGCGUGAGGAGGCGGAGCAGGUGAUGUUUGGCGCGCUGGACAAUUUGUUCCUCAACACGAAUGUCAAGCCGAAGCAAAUCGGCAUCCUAGUCGUCAACUGCAGCUUGUUCAACCCUACCCCUUCGCUCUCCGCCAUGAUUGUCAACAGGUACAAAUUGAGGGGAAAUAUCCGGAGCUUCAAUUUGGGCGGAAUGGGGUGCAGCGCCGGAGUAAUCGCCGUCGAUUUGGCCAAAGACAUGCUCCAGGUCCACCGGAACACAUACGCCGUUGUAGUCAGUAUGGAGAACAUCACCCAAAAUUGGUACUUCGGAAACAAAAAAUCAAUGUUGAUACCUAAUUGCUUGUUCAGAGUCGGCGGUGCCGCCAUUCUGCUGUCGAAUAAAUCGGCCGAUAAACGGAGGGCUAAAUACAAGCUCGUUCAUGUAGUGCGAACUCACAAAGGGGCCGACGACAAGGCGUUCCGCUGCGUCUAUCAAGAGCAGGACAGUGUCGGAAAAACCGGAGUCUCUCUCUCUAAAGAUCUAAUGGCUAUAGCAGGUGGGGCCCUCAAGACGAACAUCACCACACUCGGCCCGUUAGUUCUUCCGAUCAGCGAGCAGCUGUUGUUCUUCGCCACAUUGGUGAUCAAGAAGUUGUUCAAGAAGAAGAACGUGAAGCCUUACAUACCGGAUUUUAAACUAGCAUUCGAUCAUUUCUGCAUACACGCAGGUGGGAGGGCGGUGAUUGACGAGCUGGAGAAGAAUCUGCAGCUGCUUCCGGUACACGUGGAAGCUUCUAGAAUGGCCCUGCAUCGAUUCGGAAACACUUCUUCGAGCUCGAUUUGGUACGAGCUGGCGUACAUCGAGGCGAAGGGGAGAAUGAAAAGGGGGAAUAAGGUAUGGCAGAUUGCGUUCGGGAGCGGUUUUAAGUGUAACAGCGCGGUUUGGGAGGCGCUUAGGUGCGUGAAACCGUCCGGAAACGGGCCGUGGGAAGAUUGCAUCGACAGGUACCCUGUGAAACUAGUCUCUUAGUUAGCAAAUCGAACUUAUUAUUAUUAUUAUCAUCAUCAUUCAUUUGAUUUGUACUUCUUCCCACAUAGUGUUUUUUUUUUUUCUUGCCAUCUUUGUGCACUUGGGGUUUUUUUUUUUCAGUUCAUAUUGUACUCUGUUAUCUCUUUUUAUUGAUAUUUGAGGUGAUAUAUACCAUGCCCUUGGUCUUAA